CACAAGUCGGACAAGGUCUUAUUGAAAUAAACGGAAACUUAAACAGAGAAAUUGAAAGAUUAAAUAAAGAUAUUGAAAGAAAAGAAAUUGACAACGAGAUAGGAGCAGAAGUGGCCAAAAAGGACGCAGAAAUUACUCUGCUGGCGCGACAAAUGGAAGAACUGCAAGAAGAAAACCGAAGAUUGCAAACAGAAAGAGGCGAAUUUGAAAUGUCUUUUCUGCGAGGGGCUGGUGAAGCAGUCGCAAGUAACGAGAGGAUAAAAUUCUUAGAAAGCGAACUGGAAAAAAGGGAUAACGAGAAUGAAAACUUAAAAAAAAUAAAUGAGAAACGGGCAAGAGAAAUAACCGAACUGAAAAAAGAAAAGGAAGAUUUAACCCACGCAUGGGAAACUGCCGAGGUCAAAUUAGUCGACCAAACCCAAAUUAUCAAUCGACUGGAAAAAGAAAAACAAGCCUUAGAAGUUGAAAAUAACGGGGCGAAGAUGUGA